GCGGAAGUUGUUGGGAGUGCGCAGUGGAUGAAUGGGAGCGCUGUUUGUACUGCGGUUACUUGCAUGCACGGGUGCACAAUGCAGUCCGAAAUGCACAAAACGAAGUAACAGGAAAUUAAUAUUUAUCUCGGAGUGAGUAAUCUAUUCGAUCCUGGUUGAAACGCGUUCCGACAGUAAGGUGACAUUGUGCGAUUUAUCCACCACCUAAAAUCAAGAUAUAUCUGUGUCACUGGAUGCGUGCAAACCACAACCCUGUUUGUCCUCCCUAAGCCGCAGUUGUGGUCGUGGUAAUGCAUUCACAUGGGAUGCCUGGAUAACAGCUGGUUUUAUCGCCCUCCGUCAGUCCUGAUUUCAGCAUCAGCAGGUCAUCAUGAGAGUGAGACUGAAGCUGAAGACUGUGUUUGUCUUCUAUUUCAUGGUGUCCCUGCUAGGACUCAUGUAUGCGCUAAUGCAGCUCGGUCAGCGCUGUGACUGCAGAGAUCAUGGCGUGUCUAAAGAUCAGCAGAUCUCUCAACUCAGAGGGGAGCUGCAGAAGCUACAAGAACACAUAAAAACUUCAGAACUGUCAAAAAUCUCUAAGCCUGAUGUGCCCGCAAUUUAUGUGAUAACACCAACAUAUGCAAGACUGGUGCAGAAGGCCGAGCUCAGUCGUUUGUCUCACACCUUCCUCCACGUUCCUCGAUUACACUGGAUCGUGGUGGAGGACGCUGCACAGCCAACUCCACUUGUCACAGACUUCCUAGCUGCGUCUGGCUUGACCUACACCCACUUACACAAGCUUACCCCCAAAGACAAGAAGCUUCAGGAGAAUGAUCCCAGCUGGCUGAAGCCCCGGGGUGUUGAGCAGAGAAAUGAGGGUCUGCGCUGGCUCAGGGAGAUGGGUGCUGCUGCAGAGGGAAAAGAGGCAGCCGCUCUUGAAGAGGCUGUGGUGUACUUUGCUGAUGACGACAACACUUACAGCCUGCAGCUUUUUGAAGAGAUGCGAUACACACACCGUGUCUCUGUGUGGCCUGUGGGACUAGUGGGAGGGAUGAAGUUUGAGAGCCCGGUGGUUCAGGAUGGAAGGGUUGUGCGCUUCCACACUGGCUGGCGCCCCAAUCGGCCUUUCCCCAUGGACAUGGCUGGUUUUGCAGUAUCCCUAAGGCUGAUUCUGUCUAAUCCUGAAGCAUGUUUUGAUGGUGAUGCUCAGAUGGGCUUCUUGGAAAGCAGCUUCCUUCAGCAUUUGGUUACUAUGGACGACCUUGAACCAAAAGCAGACCUGUGUACCAAGGUGCUGGUGUGGCACACCCGAACUGAGAAACCAAAGAUGAAACGGGAAGACGCACUGCAGAAACAAGGGUUGGGUUCAGAUCCUGAUGUGGAGGUGUGAGCUGCACCUCCUCGAAACAUUUCUGGACUUCCAUCACCAAAGGUUUAAAACCCCCAUCAUGCCAAACACGAUUUUAAGAAAUUCUCAUAAAAUAACGACACUAGUAAUGAACUGAUUCCUUGACUUGACACACACAAAAUACACUUUAGACUUUGGUUUAGAUGUAUUAGGAAUGACAGUGGUGUAUUUAAAUCAAUGCAGGCAAAGAGGAAGUGGAAUUUCAUAAAUGGUUUCAGUGUAUCUCAUAUUCAGUCCUUAUCAUAUGUACACUUGAACUGUAUCUUAAAGAGAAAUUUGCUUACUGUUAAAAUCAGUAAACUAAGGUUGUAUUAUAUAUUUUUCAUUUAUAUUAUUAGAAAUGUUUUGUUGUAGUGUGGGUUAGCCUGGAAUAUCUGUAUUAUGUCACUGUAAUGUAUGCUGUAUGAAAGAGUACUGUACUUGUUUGUCGCAUUUGUUGUGAUGUCUUAUAGUUGUAUAUGGUAAUGCGAAACUAUUUAUUUUGUGUUGAGAGAUGUGGGCAGAAAUAGGUCAAAUAUGGUGCGUUUUAUGCCAUUAAUCUCUUGUGAAUCUCAUUUUGUGUACGUGGCGCUGAUAAGGCUUCGGGACACAAAGUACAAUGACAUUGUCAUUUGUACUUGUGAUAAAACAAUGAAAAUAUUUUAUGAAUGCAAGAACAUUUUUCUGGACACAGGUAAUAAUGUGACAAUUAUAACAGAAAAAAUUAUGCCCAGUUUGUCUUGUCUACCGAACUAAAGUGUUAGCUUGGUCAUAUUCAAGACCACUUUUCAUUGUGUACAUGCAGGUUAACUAAUGUCUCUGACUCCUGAACAGAUUCUGAGUCAUCCUGAUUUUUUUUUAUGAUUUCUUUCACCAGCUACUGCUAAAAUGUUGCCAUGUGAGUUACAGCACAAGAAACCACAACAAAUGAAUAACCAGACACCACACACCCUCUGCUUUAUGAUUCAAUAUUGCACCUCGGCUAGGGCCCUCCAUUGCACGCUUACAGUCACACAUACAAUGGCAAACACAUCUGCUGAACAGCUGUUUGUUUCUGACAUCACCUGGGAAGGUGCAUUGCCACUGGGCAAUAUAAUAAAGAUUAUAACACAUCUUAAAACUCUUCUAUAUGAGAGCGAUUGUGCAAGAGUAGAAGAUACUUCAAGCUUCUGUUGUAUUUUGAAGAAAACAGAGAUCCUAACAGAGAUUUUUAAACAACACACCUGUGUAAAAUAACAUGAAAAUAUUCACGUCUGUAUUUUCUUAAGUAGGCUACCCUGUAGCCAAUGAGUCUCUUAAAUGCCACACCUUAUGUUUACAAUUCUGAAUUCCAUUCAUUCUUUUCCCAUUUCUUUUCUCAUUUCCAUCACCCUUCUGUGAUGUAUCUUGCUCUUCUUUUGCCCUGUUUUAAAGCGUUUAUUUUAUCCACCAUAUGCUGUUUUGACAAAUAAACAACAGUGGAGAUGUA